UCAGUCUGCGUUUCAAACUCGCGGAGGACGCAUAUCGCUUUGGCUGUAUGACCGCGGGUCGUUGCGCGUAAAAAAGAUCGAUUAAAAAGUUGAACUGUCAAAAUGGAAUUAAACGGUGAUUUGGAGAAAUUAAGUUCGGUGGAUAAGGCUAAGCUGGGGGCUGACCUUCAUACUUUGUUAAGAAAGGAUCAGGCAAGAAGGCUCUCGAGAGCCCACGAAUUAAGUGAGAGAAGAGUUUUAGUGAUUUACACAGGCGGCACUAUUGGAAUGGUGAAAACUGAAGAUGGCUUAUCGCCGGGGAAGAACAUGUUCAAGCCUUCAAUCCGAAAAUACCCACAGCUCCACGACGAGGUCUAUUACAAGCGGAUGGUGGAAAACUCUACUGAUAAAUCUUUGUCAUCGUUCUAUGUGUUACCAAAAACCGGCGACGUUAACUGGAGAAUUCUAUAUGACAUCCAGGAGUAUGAUCCUCUACUGGAUUCCUCAGACAUGAAUGAAGAGGACUGGAUCAAAAUCGCUAAAGAUAUUAAGACAUACUACGAGCAGUACGACGGCUUCGUGAUCCUCCACGGUACGGACACGCUGUGCUACACGGCCUCUGCCCUCUCCUUCAUGUUCGAGAACCUUGGGAAAGCUGUGGUGCUCACAGGAGCUCAGAUUCCCAUCUUUGAAGCUCGCAGUGAUGGCGUGGAUAACUUUGUCUCGUCUCUCAUCAUCGCCGGGGGCUACGCCAUUCCAGAAGUCGCCAUUUUCUUCUACGGCAAACUCUUCCGCGGGAACAGGACGCGAAAGAUUUCCGUCAACAACCUCUUCGCUUUCGACUCCCCGAACGCAGUUCCCAUCGUCAAGGUCGGCCUGGACAUGGAGUUGAACAAAUCCGCCAUCUUCAGGCCCAGUGUCAUCGAGAAGUUCCAUGUUCACGCCAAGAUGUCCAAGAACGUCGGUCUGCUGAGAAUGUUCCCCAGCAUCAGUACUGAAGCUGUUAGGUCUGCUUGUCAGGAACCCAUUCAAGGUCUAGUAAUUGAGACGUAUGGCGCUGGCAACAUCCCGACGAACAGGCCCGACCUCAUUGAGGUGAUUGCUUCAGCGGUGAAGAGAGGCGUCAUCAUCGUGAACAUCACGCAGUGCGCUACAGGAGCUGUGGUGGCACUCUACGCGGCGGGACAGGCGAUCGCUAAAGCGGGAGUUAUCUCAGGAUUCGACAUGACCCCUGAAGCCGCUCUCACGAAACUGUCAUAUGUCCUCACGAAGACUGAACUGACUUAUCAGGAGAAACUUGACAUGAUGGGCAAAAAUAUCAGAGGAGAACUGACUAACCUCGCAUCUAUGUCCAUUCCGGACCAAACCCUCAAGGAAGCCCUGGGCACCAGCCUGAACAUCCAGUCUCCGAAGAAGCUGAACGAGGUGGCGGAGAACGUGUUCUCGUCGCUGCUGCUGUACGGCAUCAAGCAUGGAGACGAGAGCGUCAUCCAGAGGCUACUAGACAUGGGUGCUGAUGUGAACGCUGAGGACACAGAAGGAAAGACUCCGCUUCACGAGGCGAUCCUCCACGGACACGUCCACGUCGUCGAGUGUCUCCUCAAAAAUGGAGCUAAUGUGCACUUUAAGACUAGAAACGGCGAGUGCCCGCUAAUAACGGCAGUAUUACGCGAAGACCCGAAGAUCAUCAACAUUCUCCUGAAGUGCGGGGCUCACCUCGCGCAGGCAGACAUGUACCCCAUCUCGGAGAUCAUGUCGACGGCCAUCAAGAGCGGCUCCAUCACCAAACUGGAGUCCUUGCGGCUGGCGGGGGCCAGGUUCGACGUGCUGGAUGAUCUGCAGCAGACGCCACUGCAUAAGGCUGUGUUAUCAAAUCGACCUGAAGCCGCCCAGUACCUGAUGAAACUUGGAGCUAAGGAGACCAAAGACAUUCUCGGUCACACACCAAAGGAUUACGCGAAGAAACUUAAUAGGAACUAUAUCACUACUCUAUUGGAAUUAGAAGCUCCAUCGAAACCCUCAUAGAUAGCAAAAGUGAACAACGUGUUAUAGAAAACUGCGUCUGUCGUUUAGAAAUGGACAACUUUUUUCAAGAUAUAGUUAAUCUUACUGCCCUGCUUUAUGUUAUGUGACUAGUGGAUGAUUGCAAUGGAACACGUAUUGAAUGUGAAAACCUUACCUUUCUGGCUUUUCCGGUGUCAUUACGUUAAGGGAUGAUAUUUCUAUUUGUCUUUCUCAAAAUCGUUCUUGAAUACGGCCUUUAGUAUAUCUAAAGAGAAAUUGAACCUCGCGUGUCAAUCUACCAGUAUAAUGCAUUUUGUAUCGCGAGGCAUAGUCCAUUUUUUAUGUAGGUACGGAAUUAAGUUUUCUUGAUAAAAGUUGUUAAUUUCUAAGUACGUUGAGGAAUUAAAUUAGGAAAUAAUUGUAAAGAAAAAAAGGGUAAAUAGAAAAAGCAUUUAUUUAUUAAACACAACACUCAAUUUUCUAUCAAAAACUCAACUUUUAAUUUAACGAUGUUUAUUUUGAUCGUUGCUGUGAACCUUGUUAAGAUGUCUUAAGAUUGACUUGUAUACAAUACCUCUUCAACAUCUUCAGCAAUUUGUUUUUCGCGCCCAGUUAUUGCGCAAUAGCUUAUCAAACCCGAAAGUUUAUAUUUAUGUACUAAACUACUUAACUUCGGUUUUUCAAACAAGGCCUUUAACAUUUUUUUAUGUCGCGAGUCAUGAGUGUGAUCAAUAGAUUUGACAAAAUGUUUAAUUGCAGCCUGCCAAAAACCGGAGGUUACUUAGUGUGUGUGAAGUUUGUUUUUAUAUUGUAUGUAUUUUGGUGCGACCGCGUCGAUUCGGGAAAGACAAGUUAUUAAAAAAAUCAUUCGAGUAUACUAAAAUAUUAUCAUGAUUUGAAUCUUUUUAUUUUCCAACAAGUUAUACGGAUAUUUAACAAUGGUUUACUCAAGCGUUUUUUUUGGAUCGCCCGUCUAGUUUCGGACCCAACCGGAGUCCUUCAUUAUUAGUAUGAGAUGAUGCGGUGGGGUCGCGAGUCGAUAAAUACGCGUGAGUAAAAUUUUAUUAAUUAAAUAAUUACGAAUCUUCUUCAAAAUAGUUGUUUGUAAUAAUACUAAUAACUAUCACAUAGAAAUCAGCUCCAUUAGAUACAGUCGCUCUGCACUGACUUUUAUAUAAUAUGCUGUUCUGUAUUGUAUAUUACAUUUUAUUGUGACAAUUAAUAAAGGUAUUAUCAAG